AUGAGUUCCGUGUGCGAUGCUAUCGUCACCAUAUACUCAUUUGAUGCACCGUAUUCGGACGUUAAGCCCAUGUAUGUCACGACCAGAGAGCCCGAAUCAAAUGGGUGGGAUGAUUUGUGCGACUGGCUGCGCCACAAAAGACCAUAUGGCUGGCAGCUGGGUUUGAUCGACCGAUGUCAAGUUCCCAAACAGGACCAAGGAACUGUGACUAUGAAGAUUGAACUAUUCUUCCAUAAACUUCCGCAUAACCUACAUACUACACCUACUGACCUCCAGUCGUGGGCUCUCAACUGGAUGUUCUGGGUCGGAAACGAACCCUGCAUUACAAUUGUUGACGUACCUGGCCGGGUGCUUUAUGACAGUUUACAGCUCCCACGCGAUCAGUGCAAUUUUUGUUCAGCUUUUGCAUCAUUAGUAUUUGAAAUUGUUUGCGUUAGUUCAAGAAAGAAAUUUCUCCGAAAAUCUUCAAACCGAAGACACUCUCUGCGCCACGAAAAGCCCCUUGGCUGGCUGAUGGGGCUGUUUACCCGGUGCCAACUUCACAAAGAGGACCGGGGAACUGUGACUAUGAAAGUUGAACUGUUCGUCCAAAACCUUCCGCAGUUUCUACAUAGAAGCCCUACCGACCUUCUGUCGUGGCUCGUAAACUGGCUUUUCUGGGUCAAAAUGGAACCCUGCAAUACGAUUGGUGAACGAACGGCAAUCAACCUU